CCUGAGUCACUUCCCCCACCACACGUGUGACAAGGAAUUAUUCUAUCCACAAAAAAUAGUGGGCUGUGCAAGAUAGUUAACCACCUAGUGUCCAGGAGGAAGAAGUGCGCUACUGGACGACAAUAGAGUAAGCGACUGGGUGCAAGGGCGAGUGCUAUCGAAAUGCACAUCUCUGCUGAUUUAGAAAAGAUCUUUGUUUGGUUUGGAAGGCAGGGUAAGGAACCAUUGUGCUGUGUCUUUAAGAACAGACUAACCUUAUGGGAGGAGAACGUGUCACUCAGGCAUGAUUAGCCAAUCAGGUCCUCCAGGUAACUUGCCAGUCAGAAAUGGUGGAGGGCCUUUCCGGGUUCCCGCUUGGCAGUGAAGUGGAAGUGGAGCCAGCCCUGUGUGCUGUUCAACUAAAACUCCUCAAGGGACCUGUGUGGAGCGCUUGGGAAAGCUAGGAAACCGCGACAUGAAUGUCUGGCAGACUCUUCUGUGAAACAGGAAUCCCAAAGCACUCUUCUGGCUUGCUUGUUUUGAAAAUGAUCAUCAAUCACUUUCCUGUUGCUGCUGCAUGUAAAAUCUGCACAGCACACUGUUGAUCAACCAAAGGUAGUAGCUGGUUUUUUUCACCCAGUGAUUAGCCUUACCAGAAUGAAAGCAACACCAAUGGAGUUUCUUCAAUACCCAUCAUUUCUUAAGCAAAAUGCAGUGACCUAUGAUGAUGUGCAUGUUGAUUUCACUUGGGAAGAAUGGACUUUGCUGGAUCCUUCCCAGAAGAAUCUCUACAAAGAUGUUAUGCUGGAGACCUACAGAAACCUCACUAUUAUAGGAUACACUUGGGAAGACCAUAAUAUUGAAAAGCCUUCUCAAUGGUCUAGAAGAUAUGAAAGGCAUGAAAGAAAUCAAACUGGAGGAAAAACUUCCACAUACCCUCAAAGUAUUAAAGCCGUUGCAUGUGACAGUCAUCUUCAAAGACAUAAAAGAAAACAUCCUAGCGAGAAACCAUAUAAAUGUAUUCAAUGUGUGAAGCUCUUUUCAUGUCCCAAAAGACGUCAUAAACAAAAAAGAACAUAUACUGGAGACAAACACUUUAAAUGUACUCAGUGUGGUAAAGCCUUUGUAUAUCACAGUGAUCUUCAAAAACAUAAAAGAACACAUACUGGAGAGAAACCUUAUGAAUGUAUUUGGUGUGGUAAAGCAUUUGCAUGUCACGGUGUUCUUCAAAGGCAUAAAACAACACAUACUGGAGCGAAACCCUUUGAAUGUAAUCAUUGUGGUAAAGCCUUUGCACGUCACAGUCAUCUUCAAAUACAUAAAAGAACACAUACUGGAGAGAAACCCUAUGAAUGUACUCAGUGUGGUAAAGGUUUUGCAAGUCAGGGUCGUCUUCACCUUCAUAAAAGAACACAUACUGGAGAGAAACCCUAUGAAUGUACUCAAUGUGGUAAAGCAUUUGCAUGUUACAGUAGUCUUCAAAGGCAUAAAAGAACCCACACUGGAGAAAAACCCUUUGAAUGCAAUCAGUGUGGUAAAGCCUUUGCACGUCACAGUCAUCUUCAAAUACAUAAAAGAACACAUACUGGAGAGAAACCCUAUGAAUGCAUGCAGUGUGGUAAAGCCUUUGCAAGUCAGGGUUAUCUUCACGUUCAUAAGAGAACACAUACUGGAGAAAAACCCUAUGAAUGUACUCAGUGUGGUAAAGCCUUUGUAUCUCGCAAUAGUCUCCGAACACACGAAAGAACCCACACAGGAGAGAAACCCUAUGUAUGUAAUCAUUGUAGUAAAGCCUUUGCAUGUAAUGGUCAUCUUCAAAUGCAUAAACGAACACAUACAGGAGAGAAACCCUAUGAAUGUAAUCAGUGUGGUAAAGCCUUUGCAUAUCAGAGUGGUCUUCAAAGGCAUAAAAGAAAACAUACUGGAGAGAAACCCUAUAAAUGUUAUCAGGGUGGUAAAACUCUUGUAUGUCAUAAUCUCCAAAUACAUGAAAGAACACAUACUAGAGAGAAACCCUAUGAAUGUAAUCAGUGUGGUAAAGCCUUUGCAUUUUACGAUAGUCUCCAAAAACAUGAAAGAAUGCAUAUUGGAGAGAAACCCUAUGACUGUAAUCAGUGUGAUAAAACCAUUGCAUUCCACAAUGAAUAAAAAAAACUCAUAGUGGAGAAAAACAGUAUGAAUGUAAUCAUUGUGUUUAAUCCUUUGUGUAUCUCAAUGGUCUUCAAAGACAUAAAAGAACACAUACUGGGGACAGAGUCUAUGAAUGUUGUUUGUUACAGCCUUUCAUUUCACAAUAGUUUUUCAAUACAUUAAAGAACCUGUAUUGGAGAGAAACCCUAUGAAUGUAUUCAUUGUGUUCAAAACAUUGCAUGUCAAAAAGGUCUACAAAAGAAUAAACAAACACAUACUUGAGAACACAUACUCAGGAUUAGCAUGUAUAAACACAUUAAGAACUUCUUAAUAUUCUAUUCAUACUCUGUCUUGAUGUAAUUCAUUAUCAGUUCACAGCACAAACUGGAGAACACAUACUCUGUGGAUUAUCAUGUGUUCAUUUCACUUACUGAGAAUUUGAUAGUCUAGUCAUACCCUGUUUUGAUGUAAUUCUAUAUCAAAUCACAACAGAAACAUGAGGACUCCAUCUCAGCUGCUUAUGAAGGCCCAAAAUUAGAACCUAUUUUUAUCCUGACAGAUAUUCAGGAUAUCUAAAUGUACUUUUUCUCCUUUUUGUUGUAAUAAGUGGUUAUCUGCAAAGUGGUUGCCUUUGUGAUACUUGGUCUAGAGUGGCUGUAGUACCUAAACAACAUAAUGCUAAUGACUUGAUGCCUCAAAGUGUUAAAACAAUUGACUGUUCAAGUUGUCCUUUGAAUCAUGUUAAAGAAUUCCUUUACCUUCUACUCGCUUUUGUAUUAGGGUAUAUAGUACUUGGAAAAUUAAACAUGGACAAUUUCAGUAUUCAGUAGAAUGCUCUCCCAGUAUUUUUUAUGGUUUCUCUUUAUCAUUUUGUCUUCAUAUUCUAUAUAUAUCCCCAUGUGAAGGAGAAGGCGUAAGUCACAAACACCAGUUUGGAAUUAUAAUUAAUAAAAUGCUUAUUUAUUUAAAAGGGAAAAAACUUACAGAUCACCUUCCCAGACAACAACCCUCUGCCCAAUCAGGAAGGGAGACGAGUCGCCGGAAGUGGAGCAAGAAGUAAGAGAGAGCGAGAAGGGAAGUGGCUGCUUUUUUAAAGAGAGAGACCACGCCCCAAUGGGCUGGUAUCUCAGCGGCUAUUGGCUGGAGGAGAAGGACCUCCCUAAACACCUCCCCCUUUUGUUUAAGUAAGAGAGUUCUAAACCUACUAUGAAAUUAUAUACAAUAAGUACAAAUAUCUUAUUCUAACUAGCUUAGGUCUUGUAUAAUAAAUAACUUGGCCAAGUCUUGAGAGCAAAGUAACUACAUUUAUAUAGUCUUCAACCCCAUCGAAGAUCUGAGAAGGGAAAUAAUGUUACCUGGGUAAUUAGGAAGUUCAGUAAAACAACUUCCAAAACAUGCAACAAAUCACAGAGACAACUAGCUACCUGGGCAAUCACCCAAAGUCAAGUCUGCAGCGUUGAAGCAACCAACUUUGGCUAAGGCCUAACAUAACUGACAUACCAUUUUCAAAGGCAAGCAACUUUUCAAAACUAUCUUACCCUGUUUGGCAGGAUAUGACAGUCCUGUUUUAUCCAUUGAUGCACGCUCUGUAUCUCUCUCAGUGGUUGAGGUAUGAGUGUUUAUUUGCCCCAAGGCCAGUUCUGCCAAAAAGAAAGACUCCAGGUGGAGUGUCUUUGGUGCUCAACAUUCUCUUGGGAAUAGAUUGGUGUUGCCAGGAGCAAUUGUGUCUCACUGCCACAAAACUCUGAGUUAGAUUAAAGGCCAUUUUCUACAGCUCUUUGAAGAGGUUGAAGAUUAUCUAUACUGAGUAUAAUCUCUAUAUAUCUAAAGAACCUGAUUAGUCUAAUUAUAAAUGACAAACUCAGAAUACUAUUGAUCUAUAUAAUUCUCAAUACCUAUCUAACUUAAAGACUAAGACAAUAAACUUCUGUGAAACAAAUGAGGACAAUGACCUCCAAAUAUGAACAAUGUACAAAUAUACAUUGCAGUAUGGUAAAUAUAUAUCAAUACACAAACAAUAUAUAUGUAUCUUAAUCAGAGGUAGAAAUGUACACUGCAUUAUGGUAAAUAUAUACAAUAUAUAUCAAUACAAUAUAUGUUGAUACAUAAAAAUGUUUUAAACAGAGGUAGAAACAUGCAUGCAUACAAUAGUCAAUAUAAUUUCACUUUGUAUCAAUAAAUAAGAAUCAAUACCAAUAUAUUUGUCUCAAAACAAUAACUCCACAAGUACCAAUCUAUUAUCCCAUCAUCCCAUUAUCCCUCUUUUCUUCUUUUUCAAAUGAUCCCUGAGCUUAUAAAAUUUCUCCCCCAACCCUCAACCAUAUACUAAUUAUAACCAACCCCUAAAUGAUGUCCCUAAACCCAAGAGCAAACUUUACUGGGAGAGGGGAUGUCGUCCUCUAGAAUUACUUCCAGUUGUCAUGGUGGCGGCGUUCUUUCUGGGGGAUCCUGUGAAAGUAAAAUGAUGGUUAAAUUUCAAGAUCAAUGUCUUUUAAAAUUGCAAAUAGUCUCUGAGUAUUUUGUGGAGGUCUGGCCAGAAUGUUGUACAAGAUGUGCACCAUUCCAGCUAAUGAAGUUGGGAUCGUCUUGUG